AUGCCAUCCGCAUUUGAUCUAAUUGAUUCAGGCAGUGGGAGUGGUAUACAGAUCGAUGAUACAAAAUAUGCAUCAUCACCAACAUCAUCAUCUUCACCAUCUUCCGUUGGUGGAGGACCAUUUAGUAAUUCAACAAAUUCUCGUAUUGGAACAACUACUGACCCAUCAUUUCCCUAUUUUCCACCACCAUUUAAUCCAGCAUUUGCUGCUCAAUUCGAUGUACAUUCAGGAACAAAUGGUAUUGAACAUUAUCCAACAUUUAAUUAUGCAGCAGUAAAUAGUUCGUCAUCAUCAUCUUAUGGAACAUCGACAAAUAUUCAUCAUCAACAUUCAAAUCCAAAUAGUAAUACAUUUAAUACAUCAUCUUAUGAUCCAUAUGCAACUGCUUAUGCACGUCAUCAUCAUACAAUUCUUGAUGUUCAUCAUCAACAAGCAGCAGCAGCAGAACUUUAUUCUCGUCAUUCACAACAUCAUCAGACAUCAACUAAUUCACUCGUUGACCAUACAUCUCGAAUUCUUAAUAGCGGAAAUGACUUACAAACAAGUGAAUCACCUUAUCAUAGAUCACCAACAAGUAGAGAUAGUCGGCGAUCUGAUCCAUCUAGAGAUUCAAGUUCAUUUUCUUCCAUGUGUUCAGGAAAUGGUAAUGGAUCACUUUCACCAACGGAUUUCUUUUGUCAAGUACCGGGACGAUUAGCAUUAUUAAGUUCAUCAUCAAAAUAUCGAGUAACAAUUGGUGAAAUUCAACGACGUCUUGGUCCACCAGAAAAUCUCAACGCAUCAUUACUUGGUGGUGUUUUAAGACGAGCUAAAUCAAAGAAUGGUGGUCGAGAUUUACGCAAUAAAUUAGAAAAAAUUGGAGUUAAUCUUCAAGCAGGUCGACGUAAAACAUCCACAACAACAUUAUUAACUUCUCUUGUUGAAGGAGAAGCAAAUCAAUUAGCGAUGGAUUUUCGUACAGUAUGUGAAGCUGAAUUUCCUGUUGAAAUUACUGCUGAUUAUGUAGCACGACAUUAUUCAGAUCCAAAUGAAAUAAGUACACGAAGAAAUAUGAUAUUAGCUGCUAAACAAUUAGUUCAAGAAUUUAGUGAUUUACUUAAACAAGAUCGAUCACCUGUUAAUGUUGCAUCAUCAACAAGUAAUAAUACUAGUUCAACAAAUUCUCGACAUACAUCUAGUUCAUCACUUAUAUCUCAUCAUCGUUUAUCUACAAUUCCGCCUACACUUGAUCCAUCUGUUCAACAUUCAUUAUCAAGAUUUUCUCUUAUAACACAUGGUUUUGGUGCACCGGCUAUAACAACUGCUGUAGAUGUUUUUCAAACAUUUUUAAAUGAAAUGCUUAAAAAUUAUGAAAAAAAUUAUCCGAUGUUUAUUGCAACUACAUCAGCAAAAAAUGGAUGCAGUGGUAGAACAGCCGUACGUGUAGUAGUACUUGGCGGUGCUGUUCUUGUUGGAGCUACAUUAGCUACAAAAAUGCUACAAUCUUCACCACCCAAUAUUCCACAACAACAAACAGCGCCGGCAACUAAUACAAACACAAAGAAAUAA